AAGAUGGGUGUGUGUGUGUCCCUGCAAGAACCAGCGAUGGCCGACCGACUGCCUUCACCGCAGGCUGAGCAGCCAGUAAAUAAGUUCCACCAAGGACGCCUCCCCAGUGGGAAAGAAGCCCCCGGAGACGGCCUGCAUGCCCGAGGCCAGUGGGCCAGCAAGGCUGAGUUCCUCCUGGCUGUAGCCGGGCAGAUCAUCGGACUAGGCAACGUUUGGAGGUUUCCCUACCUCUGCUACAAAAACGGAGGAGGCGUUUUCUUUGUACCCUACCUGUUGUUCUUGGUGUUGUGCGGCAUCCCCCUAUUCCUCCUGGAGACCUCGCUGGGACAGUACACCAGCCUGGGAGGGGUCAGUGCCUGGAGGACUAUUUGCCCAUUAUUUGGAGGCCUCGGCUAUGCCAGCCAGGUGAUGAUCCUGCAUGGCUGUGUGUAUUAUAUAGUCAUCCUGGCCUGGGCUCUCUUCUACCUGGCUUACAGCUUCCAGGCGGAGCUGCCGUGGUCGCACUGCAACAACACCUGGAACACAAAUUCCUGUGUCUUGUUCAACCACAACAACCAGACAGCCAACGCGAGCAGCCUGCCUGAGAACACCACCUCCCCUGUCAUGGAGUUCUGGGAACGGGAGGUGCUCCGCCUGUCAAGCACUUUAGACGAGCUGGGUCCAGUCAGCUGGAAGCUGGCUCUAUGUCUGGCCGCCGUCUGGCUCGUCUGCUACUUCUGUGUCUGGAAGGGAGUGAAGUCCACGGGAAAGGUGGUGUACCUGACGGCCACUUUCCCAUAUGUGAUGCUGUUUGUGCUGCUGGUACGAGGUGCCACCCUGCCUGGAGCGACCCAGGGAAUAAUCUACUACCUCAAACCCAACCAUACCCGCCUUGCUGACCCACAGGUAUGGAUGGAUGCAGGCACCCAGAUUUUUUUCUCUUAUGGAAUCUGUUUGGGAAGUCUAACAGCGCUGGGCAGUUACAACAAAUACAACAAUGACUGCUAUAAGGAUUCUUUCAUGCUGUGCCUCCUGAACAGCGCCACCAGUUUCCUGGCAGGUUUUGCCAUCUUCUCUGUGCUCGGCUUCAUGGCUGAAGAGCAAGGCGUGGAUAUAGCUACGGUGGCCCAGUCAGGGCCUGGUCUUGCCUUCAUCGCCUACCCACGAGCUGUAGCCAUGAUGCCUCUGCCCCAGCUCUGGGCCGUCUGCUUCUUCCUCAUGAUCAUCAUGCUGGGACUGGACACGCAGUUUGUGAGUCUGGAGGCCCUGAUGACCUCAGUCACAGACCUGUACCCACAUCUGAUCCGACGAGGCAGCCGCAGAGAGCUGCUGCUGCUGUUUGUCUGCGUGGUCUGCUUCCUGAUCGGGCUGGUCAUGGUCACGCCGGGUGGUCUGUAUGUGUUCCAGAUCUAUGACCAUUUCUCCUGCAGUGGAGCCAGUCUGCUGCUGCUCUCCAUCUUCCAGUCUCUGGCCAUCGGCUGGGUCUACGGAGCCGAUCGCUUCAGCGCCAACAUCAGAGAUAUGACCGGCUACAGCCCCCUACCAGCCUUCAAGCUGUGCUGGAGAUACCUGACGCCAGCUGUAUGCACCGGUACUUUUAUUUUCUCCUUGGUGCGUUGGUCUCCACUGAGCCUGGGGAAAGGACUGGUGGCUCCAGUCUGGGCCACGACGCUGGGAUGGCUCCUCACCCUCUCAUCUGUCUCCCUGCUUCCUAUCUGGGCCAUCUACGCCCUCAUUACUACUCCAGGAACUUUGCCACAGCGUUUCCAGCUUCUGUGCAGUCCUGCUAAAAAGUCCCCACUGGCUUUCAACUACCUCUCCACCAACGGCUUGGUGCAAGCCUACAGCCCGGUGCUGCCUCUCAGCGAGAAGCCAAAGGAACAAAUCGCAGAGUUCAUCCAGAACCAGAAGACGUGAGCGCCAUCAUCAACAGCAUUCGACGCUGUAUGCUGCUAAGCCAAUCAGAUGUGCCCAACAGGAGGGUGGAGCCUAAUGCUGAGAGCUGUAUCAUCAUCAGUCUUUAUUUACAGGGAGUCAUGUCUUCUAUACCGCUGCUGUCGGGCGCAAACCUCCUAUCUCCAAAACUGUCAUUUUUCAAAAAAUGAAAAAAAAUGUAUGGUUUUGUAAUAACUGGAUAUGAUGUCAUCAAGCUUGGUAUUGUGUUUUACAUCAUAUAUCUUUGGUUAAAUAUUUGUAAAACAACAGACAGACAUAAAAGGUGACCAAUAGUACUGAUUUAUGAAGAAAAACAAAAAUCACGAAUUUUGGACAUAGGAGGUUUUUGGCCCACAGCAACGAUACGAGAUGUUUACAAUCAGAUUAUUUGAAGACCAGAUUCAGGAUUUAAUUUUACAGUUAGCUUGUUAAACCUUCAAGACCAACUUCACCUCCUGUUCUUGGCCAUCAGAAUUGGUAAAAGUAAAACAGCACUCACUUCUUGAUCUUAACUAUUUUAUCUCCCUGCUUCUUAUCAUAGUUUCUUACUUAUUCGUACAGUUUAGUCACUGUAUCCAAGGACCACAAAAUCACAACCCCCCACCCUGCGGCCUCUCAAUGCACAGGAUGCUAACGUUCCCUUUGCAUCACCGUUAUUAGCUACCACUGUGCUCUCUAUGAGAGACUGAGAUUAUCGCUAUGGAUUAUGUCUGCUGAAAUGACUCCAUGAGUCAGACAUGUUUUAGUAAGUGGUUUUUUUAUGUUUUGUUUUCAUUCAGAUGGUUCAAAACUCAAAAUAACUGAAAUGUGCAGCAACCUGCUCUUAUACACGAUAGUGUUUCUUUAAAAACUGUAGACAGCAAAGUCGGACUGUUCUGCAAAAUUCAAAUAUCAGUUUCUGCAGAAGUCAAAGGCAUUAUUUAAAGAGAGCUCAUCAAGCUGAAAACACGCAGUCGUACUGUUUGAAAUCACGUUUGCACAAAGGCUGCAGUGAUGCGUCGUUUCUAAACCACAGAAAAAAGCAAAAUGAUGGUGAAUCUCACCAAUGUGUGGACAUAUUUUUGCAUUUUAUACUAUUUUAAUAUGUAGCAAGGCAUUAAUAUAAAAAAGGCUAUUUUCAUUCAGUGUGACUGAUUAUUAUAGUUUCUUUUAGCACUGUAUACAUUUACAAAGUUGAAUUGUGCUGUUUUCUGACAAUCAUCAUACCAUAAAGAUCUCAUAUUGCUGCAACCUUUUGUUCAGAUUUACACAAUUGCUGCUGCUUUGUAGAAAACUAGAACUCAAUAUUUUUAUGUGCACAAAGAAUUAAGUGAAUGACUUCACCUUUUCAUUGUGAUUUCUAUCCUUUUUUCACCAUUUGAACAAUAACAUGUAGUAAAGAAAAUGUUUAAACUACCAAGGUGUAUUAGGGCUGAUAUAGACUAGAGGUGAAGCUCUAGAGACAUAAAAGCUGGGAGGUACUUUAUUAUUUCUAACAUUAAUAAUGUAGAUUUUAAGGAUGCACAGAUGCCAGAAGUACUUACAUUUGAGUACUUACCAAUACUGACUACCAAUAUGACUACUAAUAAAUCCCAUUACAGUUCAUUGGUAAGUAGUGUAAACCAGAAGGCCAGAUGGGAAGACUGAGUGGCUGAUUGUGCGAUAGAUCAAAUCAUCCUGUGGCCACCCUUUAAAUGUCAAGCUGGAGAACUUUUAGAAUCUUCAAGUGGUUUUUGGUAGACUAUCUUCACAGCUGUAACGAGGGACAUAUGUGCCCAAAAUCAGUUUCUCUCAUUGAGUUAAUGGCAAAUUUGGAUUUUUCAAGUAGCACCAGUAAAAACUUUGUUUCUGGACAUCCGAUGAUUAAAACUUUUAAUUAAUCUCUUUGCAUUGAUAUGUUAAUUUUUACAGCCCUUUUUUUCACAUUGGUAUCAGGUUCUGUAAUCUCAACACUUUUAUGAAUACUGGUUAUGAGUGCAUACACAUAGUAUCGGCCUAUUACCUGAUACCUGACACUGGUAUUGGUGCAUCCGUAGUAGAUUUAUAAGAUGGCAAAAUGUGGAUAAAUUCUGAGAUUAAAGCGGGAAAUUUAUUUAAUUUACAAUAAAAGCACUUAAAUAUUUAGGGAAAUUCUUAUAAAUGUAAGAAAUAUUAAUUUAAUGAGAUUUAAAUACAUUUAUAAGAAAAAAAAACUACUUUGUUUAUCAACCUAUAGUGUAUUUAAGUUUGCAAAGUGAAUCACUGUAAUUUCAUUCCAAAAAAAAUCUAAUUUAUGUCAUCCAACAAAAGCUCUAAUGUGCUGUUGUACUAUGCAAAUAUAAGGAUGUAUAAAUUUUAAAGGAUAUAAAUAAGUGAAAACAAAGAAAUUGAAUUAUGUUGUUAUGUUAGUCAUCAUGCAACAAAAAGGGCAAGCUCAAAAGUUAUUGAAAGCUAUGAUCAACUUUCUGAUUUUAAACUGUUUUUACUCUUUAGUGCAGGCUUAUGAAGAACUAGCUUUAAUUAUUCAUUUUCCUUUGUGUGUUCAUCAUUGUGAGGUUUUUUUUUUCUGUCUAAAAGGGGUUCAGGUUGCAAAGUGAGACCAGCAUCAACUUGCUGCACUGUAAGUCUAGGACAGAAUGUACUGUACGCUGGGAAUGCUUGUGUAAAUUUAAAAGUGGAAGUGAAAUAUUUCUUGAGUAAGUGUGAUGUUUAAAACAUGUAAGAAGAUAAACAAGUUCCCUUCUUGAAUCUGUUUUCUUUCCAUUUUCAGACCCGGAUCAGAGUUUUUUUUUAAAUGUUAAACUGAUCAGGUGUUUUAGGGAAGCCUUUUUUUUUUUUUUACUUCAUAUGAUCUAAGUGUGUUGUCAACUCUGUUUACAUGUUCAUACAUGUGCCUUGUGUUUUCAAAACAAGCUUCUUUUAUGUUUACCAUCACUUACUUUUUCUAAAUUAAAAAGUUUCUGCUGA